UGAGCUUCACAGUUUGUUUCCUCAAUACUUUCCGGUUGCACAGGUUUGAAAGCAGCUGUUCUUCUGUCUCCGUGUUUAGUUAGUGCAACGUGAAUGUUCGCUAGCUAACUACUGUUUCAUUCUUCUCUAACUACAACUAAUCAACCGAGAUCUGGAGGAUUGUUGUUCUCACUGUACGUUACAAGUUAUGAAGAGCUUGUGAAGAGGAAAAAAAAAAAAAAAAAGCCGAUAAGGAAGCAGCUCACGUCAUGAUUCCACCAGCUGACAGGUGAGGGUGGUACACGGAAGAACUCUGCAAUGUGGACAGAUAAACAACGAGGAAUCCGAGUGUCUCAGCAGGAGCUGCUCUGCAAGAACGCCUGUGGCUAUUAUGGAAACCCGGUGUGGCAGGGCUUCUGCUCCAAGUGCUGGAGGGAGAAAGCACGCCCAGCUGCAGCCUCGAGGCAAGACGAGAGGCCGAGCACUGAUGGAACUCCAUUCACCUUCUCCAAAUUCGAGGAGAAGAAAAGCACAGAGAAAGGUCGUCGAAUCAACACAAUGAGGAGGCUCUUCUGGGGCAGCCCAUCGCCUCCUAAACCUCAAGAGUCCUCUGAAAGGCAUGCGAAUGUGUUGAAACCUUAUCAGAGCCUCGAGCCCGGAGACUUCACCGGUUUCCUAAAGAUACUGAAGAGCCCUUCCUCCCAGCGCCUGCAGUCCCGAUGUACAGCUUUCCUCAACACAAUGGAAGCUUACCACGACCUGCCGGUACAGAAGCAGUCGGAUCUUGUGCAGGAUUUCUUCCAGUCUUUUGCUGAAUAUUUUAGCAGUUUUCCUGAGGCUCAGGUCACUCGGAUAAUGGAGCACGUAGAGAAGUUAAUAAUGACACGGUUGCACAAAUGGGUUUUCUGCCAUGACAGCUGUGACGAUGAGCAGAUGGACCUUGCUCUCCAGAGGAGGAUACGAUCUUUGAACUGGAUCACUCCGCAGAUGCUGAGUGUACCUUUCCCUGAUAAAAAGACUGCAGUCACCGGCGACCCCUUCCUGUCCGCCAUCACAGCUAUAAUUGAAAUGGAUGCCAAACGAGCGCCUCAGGACAAACUUGCAUGCGUGUCCAAAUGCAGUCAGCACGUCUUUGAAGCGCUCUCCACCUCGAACAGUGAGCCCGCUAAUGCCGAUGACUUCCUGUCAGCUUUGGUUUACGUGGUGCUGAAGGCCAAUCCACCUCGCCUGCACUCCAACAUGCAAUAUGUGAUUCGUUUUGGUCUCCCUCACAGUCUGAUGGCAGGAGAGAGCGGCUACUAUUUCACAAAUUUGUCUUGUGCAGUGGCCUUCAUUGAAAAGCUGGAUGGACCAGCGCUCAACCUCAGUCCAGCGGAGUUUGACGGCUACAUGCUGCGUCAGCGUGCUCCCUCUGAAGGAAAGAGGCAGCAGGUUGCCGGCGACGCACAACAUCUGUUAGUCGAGCUCAAAGGCAGGCAGGAGAAGCUGGACCAAGGGAUGGAUGCUCUCAACGUGCAGCUCCAAAAUUGGGUCAAAGCUGUUCAUUCACAGCUGGAUGAGGCCACAGCCCAGUUUGCUCUGGUGCAGAAGGAGGUAGCAGCUCAGGGCGAGCUCUCGCAGGUUUCUUCAUCCUCAUCUCACAAUGCAUCACCACAAGAGGACGACAAAGACGAGUCCGUCCUGGUGCUCGCGGAUCAACCUGCAGGAACACAAGAUACAGACUGUUAGCUAUGUUAACGCUUGUUCUGGUACUGGACCUUUUUUUAACAUCAUCAGCACUAAUUUGUCGGCUUUCAAACAAACCGAUUUAUAUUCCAAGGUCACACUUGCACACAUUGCAGCCGCAUUAAACUGGGAUUUGUCAGCCAGUUGAACAUGAAGGAAAACUUCUUGAAGGAAAGCUUUUUGCAUUCGUUAUCACAGAGAGCGCACACAGGGUCUUUAAUGACUUUGAUAAAGAUUUGCACUUGUAUCCUGUUUGAGGAUGAAGGCCAUUCGAAAUACAUUCCAAUAUAUAAUAACAGAUAUUCCUAUUGAAGCACUCAGGAUACACAGCACUUGGGGCUGUCGUGUAACACUUCAACAGUGCUUAUUUAAUAUUCACUAGUAGUUUAUACCAAUGUGCCUCGAUGUAGACUGCUGUGAAAUAAAUAUUAUGCUACAGGAGAAAAUGUGAAAUGGCAAAUAUAGACCACUACAAGUCAGGGGGUGUAUUGAGUUGAACCAUGUUUCAGAGCUGUGGCGCUGUUCACAACAUGCUGCCUUGAAGAUGAAUUAACUGGUGCAAAACUAUUUGAAACACAUUUUGCCAUCUGCAUUAGUGUACUGAAGGUAUUUGCUGUUUACAACUGUUAAGGUUUAUGAAGAAAUGAUGGAGUUCAAUGUUAUGAUCAAUUGUUGUACCCAAUAUAAUAAUAAAAUUGAUUUAAAUGUGUUUUGUGUUUUUUUAUUUAAAUGUUUGAGAAAACAAACAUUUGGUCGACACUAAAUUUUUAGUU